AUGUCCUUCUUAUCUACUCAAGAUGUCUUCAUCCCUUUUGGUGUGAAUCUUCUUUCCUUGGCUGCUGGCGUUUGUCUUGGCUUUGGUUAUUUGCUUUUAUCUGAAAAGAUUAACCCACCUGCAAGAACAGAUGUUUCUGAUAUCACAAGAAUUGUAAAGAUUUGUGCUCGUUAUGGAUUUGCUGGUGUUGCUAUUUGUUUCUUCUACUAUUUGAUUAAUGUUGGUUGGAAACCUGCCUUGUCUAUUGUUGCUGGAGAUGCUGCUAUAUUGUUGGGCUUGAGAAUUUCUGGAUUUUGGCAAUAA